UUGAAGGGGGAAUUUCUUUAUUUUUUGUUUCUCUCUGUUUGUGGUUCUUUGAGCCCCGCCAACUUUCCAAACCUCCCUAUCAGCCUGUGCGUACGGAUAAUUAACCAACAACAACAACAACAACAACAAAAAAUAAAAUAAUAAUAAAACUACCAAAAUGUCGGAACCCAAAUCAGAAAAUUGUCCGAACCCCACUUCGGUGUCGUUUUCGAUCAGUAGGAUACUGGGCCAAGAAGACAAAAGCAAUAACUCGAAAGACGAUGGCACCAACAACACCAUCAACAACAACAACAACAACAACAUCAUCAACAACAACAACAUUCAUAAUAUCAACAGCAUUAACAACAACAUAAUCAUCAUGAACAACAAGGACAAACACCAUUUGUUAGAACCUAGCGUUAGUCCAACAAUGAUGACCCGAAUGGAGUACCAAGAUUCAUCUUUAUCGGCAUCACUUCCACCUUUUGCAUCAUUUCAGCAGAAAAACAUUAUUGGAACAUACUGUCCCUGGUUCCAAGGACGCUACAGAAAUCCUUAUUUUCAGUUUUAUCGAGAAAUCUCAUGCAACUCUGAUCGCGCAGACCUAUGGGCAAAAUUACUACAGCCGUAUUCAUCAGGCCCGUCCGCUGUCAGUCCUGGUAUGCCACCUAGUCCUUUGGACCCCAGCCACCCUCAUCUACCUCUGCCUGAAAAACUCUCGCCGCCAGAUUGCAGUCGACUCUCGCCAACGGUGGACGAAGCGUCACCAGAUGUAUCAGACUCACCCAAAUCGUCACCGAUCGAUCGGGAUUUGGUGGGUGACGGUACAGCCGAUGGCGAUAGACACAAAGAUGACAAAUCUAACAGCAACCCAAACAGUUGCGAUGACGAUCGAAAAAACAGACGGAAGAAGAAAACGAGAACCGUGUUUUCACGCAGUCAGGUCUAUCAGUUGGAAUCAACGUUUGAUGUGAAACGGUAUCUGUCGAGCUCAGAAAGGGCUGGUCUGGCCGCUUCGCUACGGCUGACGGAAACCCAGGUGAAAAUAUGGUUUCAAAACCGCAGAAACAAAUGGAAGCGGCAAUUAGCUGCGGAGCUAGAAGCCGCAAAUAUAGCGCAUGCGGCUCACCGAAUGGUGCGUGUCCCUGUUCUUUAUCACGAUGGUGGUGCUGUCACUGUGUCUACGGGACCAGAAUCUUCCAAUUCCUACAGUAGCUCUUUGGCGUCAUUAAGAGAUCCUCGUUGCAUCACACAUAGCUACACACCUGUAUCGCCUUCACUGCGACAGUCGUUAUCAGGAAUGGUAUAACGAAUCUAUCUCACAGACUAUUUCAUACAUACAGUCUUAUACACACUCACACACAUAUGUGCAUAUAUUCAUAUAUAUAUAUAUAUAUAUAUAUAUAUAAAUUUUACAAAACUGAAUAACAAAAAAUUGUAUAUAUAACAUAUAUAUGAACGAUAUAUAUAUCUAUUAUACUAUAUGUAUAUAGAUAUAGUCAUAAUAUUAUUAUAUAUAAUAUAGUGUAUGUAUAUGUACAUAUAUAAAACAUAUAUAUGAAUAUAUGAAACAUUUAUAAUAUAUUACAUAUAUACAUAUACAAUAUAUAUAUGCAUAUAUAUGUAAAUGCACAUACAUAUACAUAUACAGACACACACACACACAUAUAUAUAUAUAUAUGCAUUCUAUACGUUCAUGCAAUGAAGCAACUGUGCAAAAAGUAUCAAUGAAAAAAAAAAACAGUAAUGUAAAAAAAGGCGUGGUUGUAAAAGUUUUGUCAUUAAUAUUAA